AAGGUUUCUGUGGUGAGACAUCAAUGUGCUCAACUUCCUCUUUCAACACUAAUUUUUUUCAGUUAUCAGCAGGAUAUGUACGUGCUGCCCAGAGUUGUACUUUUUUACUCCCAUCUCCUUGCAAAGAUACAAGAUUGCUUAUCCCGGCUCAGCAUCAGGGAGCCAUAAUUCCACCAUUUAUCUUGAUGAACAUACUGAAAUAUUCAAAAUGGGCAGCAACAGUACCAGCACUGCUGAGAGCAAUUGCAAUGUUACACAUCCGACAUUUCAGUACUCACUCUAUGCAACUACCUAUAUCUUCAUAUUCAUCCCUGGUCUCCUGGCUAACAGUGCAGCCCUGUGGGUUCUGUGCCGCUUCAUCAGCAAGAAGAAUAAGGCCAUCAUUUUCAUGAUCAAUCUCUCAGUGGCAGAUCUCGCUCACAUCUUGUCCUUACCUCUCCGGAUUUACUAUUAUAUCAACCGUCACUGGCCAUUUCAGAGGGUCCUUUGCCUGCUCUGCUUUUAUCUGAAAUAUCUCAACAUGUAUGCCAGCAUUUGCUUCCUGACAUGCAUCAGCCUUCAGAGGUGCCUCUUUCUUCUCAAGCCAUUCAAAGCCAGAAACUGGAAGCGUAGGUAUGAUGUGGCCAUCAGUGCUGCCAUCUGGGUCAUUGUGGGGACUGCCUGUUUGCCAUUUCCCAUCCUAAGAAGUGCUGGCUUAGCCAACAACACGGAAUCCUGCUUUGCUGAUCUUGGAUACAAACAGAUGGAUGCAGUGAAUAUGGUCACUAUGGUUACAGUUGCAGAGCUGGCUGGAUUUGUGAUUCCAGUGAUCACCAUCGCUUGUUGUACCUGGAAAACAACUAUAUCCUUGAAACAGCCACCGAUUGCUUUUCAAGGGAUUAGUGAGAGAAAAAAAGCACUGCGGAUGGUUUUCAUGUGUGCUGCUGUCUUUGUUAUCUGCUUCACUCCUUAUCAUAUUAACUUCAUUUUUUACACCAUGGUUAAGGAAAGCAUCAUUACCAGUUGUUCCAUUGUCAAAAGCACGCUAUAUUUUCAUCCUUUUUGCCUUUGCCUUGCAAGUAUCUGCUGCCUUUUGGACCCAAUACUGUAUUAUUUCAUGGCUUCAGAGUUUCGUGACCAACUAUCUCGCCAUGGCAGCUCCGUUACCCGUUCACGCCUCAUGAGCAAGGAGAGUGGUUCAUCAAUGGUUGGCUAAAAUGAAAUAAUUCUUCAGUCAUUAUUCUCUUUGCUGAUAUUGUUUAGUCUGUUUCAAAGGUAGGAAUUGCCAGGCAAAUAGUUUCUUUAAUUGAACACUGGAAAUAGCAGAGAUGAAUUUUACUGUAUGAUGGUUGUGGUCACAGGGUUGUGCCUCCACUGAUGAUAGAGGCACAAUGUGGAAAAACUGUGGAAAAAGUAAGGAAAAUGAGAUUCAUCUGCUUCUAAUUUAAAAUUUAUGGCAUGUUGUUAUUUACAAGACCCAGAUCAAGUUUUUAAAGAUGUUUCCAACCAAAUAGAAAUUAAAUACAUGUAUUUAAAACUGAAUUCUGUAAAUAGAAAAAUACUGAGAUGCAAGAUAUAUAUUCAUCUUUACAGAGAAGUACAUGUCUUCCAUGGAAUAAUUUUAUCUCUGAGUGGAGUAAAAUUUUCAUGUACAAGACAUUAAACAGAGCAAAGUGACAUAAAAAGUUAAAGCAACCAAUCAGCACUGAACGUAGGGCAUGAAAAUCUACUCUUUCAACGUUUAUAGAUGUCUAUCAUUUUCUGAGCUGGUAAUUUUCUAUGUAUUUUUACAUACAUACAUCUCAUCUUAGGUUUCUAAUAGAAGUGACAAUAAAUGUGGAAAUGCAAGUACAAAUGCAUAAGUGUAAUAUCAGAGAGGAUAAAUAAUGGCUCAGGAUUAAGUAUACAUGACAUGCUUAUACUAUUAAUUCUCUCUACUUAUGGUUUUGUAUGUAUUAGGUCAGGAGAUAAAGAUCAUUGUAACACAAUUUUCUUAGGUUCAUCAAAAAAAUCUUCUAUGAUAAAUAUGUUCUCCCAAUACUGUAAAGAUCUGCAUAGUCCUGCUGAGAAGUCCAACAUUUCAUUAUUUCAAGUUAAUUUUAUUGCUUAAUGUAAGCCAUGCAAAUCUCAUAAUUGGAAAGCUAUAAAAAGCUGAGCCACAAUUUAGUAAAUGUAGGUUUCUUGUUUUAAAAAAAUAGUCCCCUUUUAAAUUCUUCAGUAUUAAUACAUGUCACCAAGCAAAAUCUCAAGGUGUUUUCAGUUAUCAUAAGUCACAGAAUUGCAUUAGAAAGAGAGAAGUAUCAUCAUAUUGUGAAUAAAUAUGACAAGAAUAUGAGCAUGUCUUAUUUUUUCUGAACUUUAUGGAUAUUAUUUUGAGUAUUCUUAUAGGGGAUUUAAAAGCAAGGGGCACCUUAGUUUCUCAGAGUGACAAUUCACUGGUAUUUUGAGUCUGAAUUUUACAAAGACAUUUGGUAUGCAUGCAAGAGAAGGAAGUGGUGGUCCUUUUAUCAUGCCUGUAUGUAGACUAACUAAGGAAGAGGAAGGGACCACCAAAAGGAGGAAUUAAAAAGAUAGUUUUGUAAUUAUAAAGUAAUAAAGUGUUUUUUAUUUGGAA